GGGACAGACAGACAGGCAGAGAGAGACAGACAGGCAGAUGCAUGUGGAUUUUAAUGCACUGUAAUGGACUCUGCACACAAGCUAUAUGAACUCCUGUAAGUGUGUGAGCGAAUGCCGUGGACCGAUGGGAUGUGGCGACUGUCUCUCCAUCAUUUCAUGGACUGCAGAGAGAGUGAGACCGCUGGAGAGACAGACGGGGAGAAAGAGUGAUCCGAGAGGGAAAAGUCCAUCCUCUGCGGGAAUACGAGGAGUGAUUUCGAGACAGGAAGGUUUGUGAGGGAGAAAGAGAGAGGGAGAACUAGAAGAAAAACUGGCGAGAUAAAGUGCUUGUGAUGUUGCGUGGGGAUGAUGCCGAAUAUCAGCGCCGCUAUCACACUCUGGGCAGCAACACGCGCCGCCUCUCCAACCCCGACAUGGAGGCCUAUGCUAAGCUCCACAAGAGCGGCGACAUGGAGCAUCAGAGAAACAAAUACCCUCCACAGCACGCCGCCACACUGGUCAACACCAACUGUGCACGGCAGCAGCAGCCACAUUACUGGAGUUUUAAGGCGCGGACUCCACGCAGCGCUGCGGGGCUGCAGCAGCAGUCUCUGGGUGAGCAGGUAGGAGGGCGAAUGUGUUAUGCGUCUGCGGAGAGUUUGGAAAGCAUGGCCGAUGCCGAGCUGCCGCUGGGCUUCAGUCGCUCUAACAUCCUCAGACAGAGUCUUCCACUGGCACGAUCACCCAGCCAGGCUAAACUGAGAGCACCAGCGGUGUUGUUUUUGCAGUUCGGUGACGAGACGCGGCGGGUGCACAUCACUCAUGAGCUGACCAGCAUGGAGACGCUUCACGCCCUCAUCGUGCACAUGUUCCCCCAGAAACUGACGAUGGGCGCGUUGCGUUCGCCCGGCACAGCUCUCCUUAUGAAGGAUGAGGCACGCAACAUCUUCUACGAGCUGGAGGAUCCUCGUGACAUCCACGACCGAUGUCUCAUCAAGAUUUACUGCAGAGAGACUCCGAUACGAGACACUCACUACAAUACUCAACACACAGCUCACCACGUUCACCACACACACAUCGCCAACGGAGACCUGCGGAGAGAGCUGGUGUACACCUCGAGGGAAUCGUCUCCCACGCGGCGUUUAAACACACUCCCGUCUUCCUCUCCUCCCUCUGGAUCUCCAUCACGCUCGCAAUCACGUCUUUCUUACACAGGUGUGCGUCCUUCCUCUUACGCGGGUCCCCAUCCGUCGCCUCAGCUCCACCCCUAUCAGCAACACCACGCCCACCCCGGAGGCCACGCCCCCCAGCAGGCCGGCCACACCCACCCUGCAUUUUGCCCCUCCCCAAGUGCCAUUCUAGAACGGCGUGAUGUGAAACCAGACGAGGAAAUUACAUCGUCCUCGAAAAGCGUGGUGUUGCUAAAAAACGAAGCGAUAUACGCAGACCCAUACGCGCUCGUCCAGGAUCCUCGGCUCAGCGUUGCUUCACCGCAAGCUCUGGCGUACCGCCGCGGAUCUGUGCGCUCUAUUGGUGGCUACCCUGCCGCAGCAUUGCAAUGUGAGCUCGAGGGCGCCCUCUACAGGCCCGGCGGUCCCAUAUACGCAGAUCCAUAUGCUACGAUGGGUUUCCGCACCUUACCUCCAGCCUCGCCUCAAAAACUGUCUGAUGGCAGGGAUCCGUAUGGCAGCCACCCGGCACGAGGGUCCCCUGGGAGACAUGGGUUUCGUAAAGAUGGCACUGUGUACAUAGAGAGUCCAAAGAAUCGUCCAGGAGGACCACCUCUGGAGCAGAUAUGUAUGCUCGGGGGCCCCGGAGGAGACGGAGGGCCCUUACCAGUGUACGGCUCAACAUUACCUGGUAAUGAAGAGACCAGAGAGCGCAUGGAGGCCAUGGAGAAGCAGAUAGCCAGUUUAACCGGAUUAGUUCAGAGCGUUUUGACCCGAGGACCAGACAGCCCUGAGAAAGCAGAAACAGCAAGCGACUGCUCUGCAACGGACACUGGAAGGUUUAGAAAACAAAAAGUGUCAUCGCCAUCUGCUCCUCUGGCCCUGAUGCCGCCUCCGCCCACUGCAGCCUCUCAGCCAAUAGCAAUGUCCCGUUCACAAAUGCUGCUGCACCUGACGGACCUGCAGCAGCACACAGCUGAACUGCGCAAACAGCUGACACAGCUGCGCCAGUUACAGUUGCAGAAUCAGGACUCCGUUCAAGCGUUACUGAGGCAGACGGAGUCUGAUUUGGGGAUGUGUCUGAUCGAGGCGUCUCGCACACAAGAAGAUCCAUUACAGCGGCAGCGUCUUCUUGUUGAAGAAGAGAGGCUACGCUACCUUAAUGAAGAAGAACUUAUUAUACAACAACUACAUGAUCUCGAGCGCUCGGUGGAGGAAAUGAGGAUGGGGGUGGGACUUAACCAUCACCUGGUGACAGAACAGGAAAUAGAACAGAAGAUUCUGGAGCUCAGGAGACUGGGAGAGACUGUCACUGACCUCAAGAAUCAGUUCCCCAACUUACAAAGUAAGAUGCGUGUGGUGUUGAGGGUGGAGGUGGAAGCCGUCAAGUUUCUGAAAGAGGAACCGCUCAGACUGGAGGCCCUGUUGAAGCGCUGCAGAAACAUCACCAGUACACUCGCUCUACUACGAAGGCAGGCAUCAGAAGGUGUGUGGAGGACACCCGAUGACUUCAGUAGUUCAGUUUCCAGUGCAAGUGACGCUGACUUCAGCAGGAGCUCUGAUCUAGAUAUUCUCACCAGCCCUUCUCUAAAUCUGCCCGACCUAGGAGGCACCUUAUCAGGCACUGCCACUCUUUCUGCCUCCCUGGGCACUAAUACCACACAUCCUGGCCUAACGAGUGCUUCUAGUAUAGGAUGUACCACUAGUCUGUCUAACGUGCUCGGCUCUGCCAUUGGUGCCAGUAUGAGCAGCGGUGGUAUUCCUGGCAGCACUACACUGGGUAACUGGCUGGCAGGGGCCGGGGCGACAGAUCCCAUCAUGCCUGAACUGGAUGGCACGGUAAAGACCAGCGGCCUAGAAGAUCUGCCCGCACGCAGAGAAUCUGACAAAGGAGUGUCUGUGGAGGUCCGACUGGCUGCAGAGCGAGACUGGGAGGAAAAGAGAGCCAGUUUAACUCAGUUCAGCGCUCAAGACAUCAAUCGUCUGUUGGAGGAAACUCAAGCUGAGCUGAUGAAGGCCAUUCCAGAUCUGGACUUUGCUGCCAAGCAGAUCACCAAACCGGCCGUACCGCCAAAACCGCAGCUGUCCUCCCUCCCAGCGCCCGGUUCAGCCUCCUCCACUCCUACCUUAACACCUGAACAUCAGCCCAGCAAAACCCCACCAAAACCACCCAGCAAAGACGGCAUCCCACGCAGGGGAUCAGGGGAGUUGACUGUGCCACGGUAUCGCACAGAGAAGCUGUCCAAGUCUCCGCCCCCUCCUCCUCCACGACGAAGUUUCCCAUCAGGUCUUGGGCUCACGACCAACAGCAGUGGAGAAGUUAUCACCAUAAACAAGAGUGUGAAGAAGAUAGAGAACAGAGAGGAGGCUGAAGUACCGAUUCAAUCCCAGACACCUCCCGUCAAACUGAGACGCCCAUCGACUUCCGACGGGCCCCGACCUUCAUCCACACCUCCGGUCAUCGCUGCUUCUGGGAUGAAGGAAGAUGAGGAUGAAGAUGAGAAGAUAAUGGCAGAGCUAGAGCCCGUAGGCACUCCUCCGGGCUCCGCCAAACUGGUGCAGCCAUCUGCCGCGUCCCGUCUGCGGCACCUGCAGCAGAGCAGCCUGGAGCGCCGCAGCAGGAAACAGCAGGAGGAACUCCCAAAGCUCCAGCAGGGUCAGCAGCAGGUAUUCCACUUCUAACAAUAGCCUGCCGACUGACGCUCGCUCUUGCUGACUUUACCUCUGCUCUGCGCUAAAAGGCACGAGUCAGAACUGUUAUUAAGUGCAAACUCAUCCGUCGACUCCAAUGACUGUAACACUUGCAGCCGAGCACGCACUUCCAUAGAAGCUGCUACAUCUCCCAGUUGCUGCACAGAUGUUAUGGUUUUUCACUGUGCGAUGGAGUUCAGUAUGCACAAGUCCUCUGUUUUCCCCGUAUGCUCACAGAUUACGUAUUUUUCUCUUCCAUGCUACAUGAACUUUUCUUCCAGAACAAAACAGCACAAUAUAGUGUGUCACAAUGCCAGGGAACGACGCCAAAAGACAGUCGUUAUAUUUCUCUCAAUUUGUAGCUUGUUUCUUCUCGAGGAAAAAGUUGACAUUUAGGCCAAAAAUGUAUGUUACGCAAGUACACAGAUGCGAAAGCAGUGUUCACAUACAUUUAUCGUUCAAAAUUAUG